CGAGUUGAACCACUUUUCUCCAAAACUGUCUAGCCAAAGUGAAGUUCGUUGAAACAUCAUUGCCGGUCCCGCAUCUGCUUUGUGUUUGAAUUGAGAGUUAAUUGAAAUUGAGUCCGAGUAAUUUACGAAUUUAGCCUAACUAUUAUCUAUCUUCUGAAGCGACCUUGUUUCACAAUUACGUAGCCGAGCGUAAGUCUUCGUGUUUUUUCUUUUGGAUCACGCCACACAAAAUGUCACGCAGUUCAUUGGACAGGUCCGGAGUAAAAACAAUACGAGUAAAAACAGCAACAAACAGAGAAGGGGCAAUUGUGAGUGGUACGCCUCUGUUUUAAAAACGGUACAUUAAAGCCGCGCUCCCCCAUGCAUUCAGCGACUACCGGUAAAAGAAAAUAGAAUUUCAUUGUCGAGCAGUACGUUUUCGGGGCGGGUAGUAAGAGAACCUUACCCUCGAGUGAAGAAUGGACGAUUACAUAUCUCGAUUGUGCUAAAUAUAUUCACUUAAAUAACGUCGACUCAGUGCGUGAUUGGAUUUUUAAUUGUUGGAUGUAUUUUGAGGUGGUGCAAUGGAGGGAAUUAUAGAGUGUGUCAUUUUGAUGGGGUUCAUGUAUUGGGCCUUCCCAAGUUUUUUUUCGGAGGGAUUUUCCAGGGUAAACAAAAUGGUGGACAUUGUGAGCAAUCGGAUUUUCGAUAGUUUUAGUCGUUUCUCACCCAAAGAAAAUCACCAGACUGAAUCUCUAACAACUAUUUCACAACUGAAACGGUUUUCCAAAGCUAAUGAAUUCCGGAGGAGGAAUUUUCUUAAGGAUGAUCUUAAGGAGCGAGACAAUCACCUUUACGACAUUAAGGAAAAUGUCGCAGAAGUUGAAUUACCACCCAGUAGGCCCUUGAUGGGUCUGAGUUGUGAUUAUUGCACCAGUGCAAGUAGGGAAUCUCUGAUUAAUAAGACAACCGAAAAAUUUGCUUUGAACAAUAUUUUGGAUCAUACACCUUCCUUGCACAAAAAUGGUUUUCUCCAACGAACUUUUUCCCACUUGAAUCAAGUGUACGAAUUGAAAAAAUUCGACUACCCACAAGUGGCUGAAAUUGUCCUGAAGGAUGACCGGCUGAAAAAAGCCAUCGAGAAGACAGCUUUGCAACAGUACCAAGAUUCCGAACGAAACGACGAUGAGUUCUAUCAAGAAUUAUUGAAAAAUAAUCAUAAAAGAGCCAAAAAAUUAUUAUACGGGAUGAGGUCUACACUUUCUGAUUUUCUGCUAAGAUUUACGUCUUGGGUUUUGUACAAAUUGUUGCCGUGUUUUUUGAGCUGUGUGGUUGCCCAUCCUGGACAGAUAAAUAUGUUGAAAGAAGCAGGGAAAACUAGUCUUCCUUUGAUAUUCCUACCAUUGCAUAGGUCACAUUUAGAUUAUAUUUUAAUUUCUUUUAUUUUAUUGAAUAAUAAUGUCCGGUCACCGCUUGUAGCAGCGGGGGAUAAUUUGAGAAUACCGUUCUUUGGGUCCCUUUUGCGCGGUUUGGGCGCCUUUUUCAUAAAGCGCCGCAUCGACCCCAUUAUGGGGCGCAAAGACCACCUUUACAAGGCCGUCUUGCACACAUACAUGAACGAAUGUCUGCGAGCCGGCCAUAACAUGGAAUUUUUCCUCGAAGGCGGCCGUACAAGAACUGGCAAGCCUUGUAUGCCCAAAUACGGUAUUCUUAGUGUAAUUGUCGAGGCGUUCAUGGAUGGUACCAUCGAGGAUGCUUUAUUGGUACCGGUCAGUGUCAAUUACGAGAAAUUAGUCGAUGGGAAUUUCGUACGUGAACAAUUAGGACAACCAAAGGAAAUGGAAACGUUUGGAGCGGCCAUGAAAGGUAUCUGGCAUGUACUAAAUAGCGACUAUGGCAUGAUGAGGAUCGAUUUUAAUCAACCGUUUUCGCUUAGGGAGUUGGUGAAGACUUUCAACGCGUCGAAAAAAGUACAAAAUGGAUUUAAGAAGAUGCUAAAGUCGAAUCCAUCGACGACGAGUUUGUAUGGAACGGAUGUGGUAUCGGAUGAACACAAAAGUGUGGUUGAGAGUAUUUCAAAACAUAUUAUUUAUGAUUGUGCCAAAUCGACAUCAGUGAUGUCAACAAACGCGUUAGCAUUCCUUUUGUUAAAUAAAUUCAGAGAGGGCGCCACUAUUGAGCAACUAGUGUCGGCACUAGAUACCCUAAGACUUGAACUAAAUGUCGCUAGAAAGGAUUUGGGUUUCACUGGCGAUUCUAUCGAUGUUGUCAAUUAUGCAAUUGAAUUGUUAGGCCCAGGUUUAGUCAGGAAGGAAAAAAUAAACGGCGAAGACAUAAUUAAACCAAUCGCAAUCCUUCCAAAUGUCAUAGAACUGACUUAUUACAGUAACACUUUAGUUACACAUUACGCACUUGAGUCAAUAGUCGCAAUCGCUAUAAAUAUGGUGGCCACCAAAUUAGGCACUGUUUCUCAUUCUGAAUUAAUUGAAACAAUACUCGAUUUGUGCAAUGUGUUACAGUACGAAUUUAUAUUAUGUAAGCCUUGUCAGAAUUUGGAGCAUGUAGUGAUUGGGUGUUUGGACGAUAUGAAUGUUAAAUACCGAAUUUUCGUUGAGGAGACCCAGGAUGAAGAAGAGGUGGUCAGAAGUAAAAAGAUAGCGAGGGAGUUUGAGGAUGAGGAUUUGGACGAGGCUGCGGCCGAGAAACCCUAUGUUUUGAGUAAUGAAAAGGGGGCUGUAGAGAGAUUAAAGUUCAUGCAAGGGUUAUUAAUGCCGUUGGUCGAGACGUACGCCGUGUCUGCGUUUACUUUGGAAAAAUUGGUUGGAAGGUCUCAACUUGAAAACGAACUGAUUAACGAUAUCUUAAGUGAGAUUAAGUUGCAAUUAGCGGAGGGGUCAUUGAAAUAUGACGAGAGUGUGUCUGUUGACCCGAUCAAAAACGCACUGAAGCUGUACCAGAAAUGGGAUAUUCUGGAGUGCCAUACUGAGAAUAAAUUAAGACUUUAUUAUUUGAAGGAAAACCAAGACAAUACGGAAGCUGUCAAGACGUUGUAUCAAAGGAUUAAUAAAUUUAGACAAUCUUUUUAGGUAUACCAAAGUGUUUGUUAUUUAUUGUGUCUAAAAUGACAAGUUUUGUAUUAUAGGAUUACAUCUUAGUUGCAAAUUUAUUUUCAUGUGAGGUUUUUUAUUGUAAAAAUUAGAUUUGCUCUUGUUUAGUUUCAUAAUUUUUUAUCAGCUGUGAUAAUUAUAAAUGAAUAAAUUUUUAUCACGUGAG